UGGUCUAUUUAUAUUUGUGAAGAAUGUUCUUACCACCCGAGAUUUCGAGUUGUGUUCAACGCAAGAUAUUUAUUCUGAAAAGGAUUAACCGGAAGUAGUCACAAUAUAGCAACGCUUACUUAAAUGUGCGAAUUCAGGAAGCCUAACCUGUCAAAACUACUACAUAGCAGAAAGCACCGCAAAGCCACAAGAAAUUGAGCUCGUCUAUGUGGACGACUGCCAAGUCUGCAAGUAUGUUCCUGAGAGUACUUGUAGGCUUCUGGCACCUGUUUGGUCUUUGGCUUCUGGUUACUGGAAGCGGUGCACGUGAGCAGAAUCCUCCUCCGCCCCUGUUGCUGGUAUCAUUAGACGGCUUCCGAGCUGACUACCUGCAGAGAUUCCCUAUGCACAACUUAACACGCUUGUACAGCCAGGGGGUCCUGGUGGAGCAACUCACCAAUGUCUUCGUCACAAAGACCUUUCCUAACCACUACAGCCUGGUGACGGGACUCUACGCAGAGUCUCACGGCAUCCUUGCCAGCUCGAUGUAUGACCCAAGCAGCCACAAGCACUUCCACAUUAGCAAUAGCAGCGAUCCAAUGUGGUGGAAUGAGGCAACACCUAUCUGGAUCUCAGCACAUGAAGCAGGCUACAGGACGGCCAUAGCCAUGUGGCCCGGCUCUGACGUUGCAAUCCACAACCAAACUCCCACACACUUCUUACCUUACAGCUCUGAAGUGACCUUCCGCGAGCGUUUGGACAAUGUGACAAAGUGGAUGCUAGGAAGUGAGAAGGUGGAAGGAGCCAAGUUUGCAGCUCUCUACUGGGAGGAGCCCGACCGAUCGGGUCACAUUUAUGGACCUGAAAAUACUUCAGCCAUUGGCAAAGUGCUGAAAGAAGUUGACGACAACAUCGGCCUGCUGAUUUCGGAACUGAAUCGGACCGGCCUGUGGGAUCGCGUUAACGUUGUGGUGACGAGUGACCACGGCAUGGCUCAGUGCUCUCCCGAUCGCCUCAUAAGGCUGGAUGACUGCUUGCACCCUGACAACUACACACUGGUAGACCUCACACCUGUCGCAGCCCUCAUCCCAAACAAUGAGCCGGAGGCUGUCUUUGCCCUGCUUAAGAAAUGCCACGCGCACAUGACUGCCUAUUUGAAAGAGGCCCUCCCCGAUAGUUUGCAUUACCGCAACAAUGAACGCAUCCAGCCCAUUUUACUGAUCGCUGACGAGGGAUGGACCAUAAUCCGACGAGGGAACAAGCUACCGAGGCUGGGCGAUCACGGCUACGACAACUCCCUACCCAGCAUGCAUCCCUUUAUGGCAGCUCGGGGUCCCAGCUUCCGCAGGGGUUACCGACUAAAGACUUUGGAAAGCGUGGAUAUUUACUCGCUCAUGUGCCAUCUGCUAGCCGUGUCCCCGCAACCUAACAAUGGUACCCUAGCCAAGGCGCGGUGCAUGCUCGUGGCCGAAUGCGGCUGGGAUGCGUCGGCACUGGUUGGUCUGGCGAUGGGCAUCAUAAUCGUAUUCGCUACGCUAACUGUUCUGUUCAAGCUAAUGACCCGCUGGCUACAGCCAUCCACUCCUCAACCCUUCCAGAGACUUGAAGUCGAUCUCGUCGACGAUGAAGAGGAAGCCCUGCUCGAGUAACUUGUUCAUGCACUUGAACCACUUUAGCCGCUGACAGCUCAGUAGUUUUUUUCUCAAGUUGAACUCUGUUACUAAACACAUUGGCUGCCGCUAACGACUGACGACUGUCGCCGUCAAUACAGUGUAUCACAAAAGUGAGUACACCCCUUGCAUUUUUGCAGAUUUUUAAGUAUAUC